CGAUUUAAAAAAUUGUAAUCCUCAAAAAUAUUGAACCUUAUCGUUGUGCAUCUUCACAUCCACCAAUUCACAUCUACUCCCAUUUCCUUCGAUUCCAUGUUAAAGCAAUUGGGUAAAUGGACCUCAAAUUCCAUGCCACUCUUCCCUCAUCCCAACACAUUUUCGUACACCCAAACAGCCCCCUCCUACUCCUCUCCCGUCUCCAAUAUUCCCCUGAAAAUCCGAAUCAAACGAGCUAACGAAACUCUACAUCGUGCAAGGAGAAGAGUAAUAUAUGAGGACGAGGAUUAUGGAUAUAACGAAGAGUUAGCGAUGCUCGAAUCUUACACUCAAUUGGUGAAAGAUGAGAUCCUUUUGGUACAAGCAAUGGUGGAUGAUGAACAAGUUGAAGUUCUCAUCUACAAGGGAUUUUCGUCGUGUCUGAAUUAUGGAACCUCUUCAGAUCCUUCAAGAAGUGUGUUGCCAGCAAAGGCAAGGGUGAGAAGCAUAGAUAGAGCUAGAGGGCCGUUUGAUCCUUCUAAUAUUGAGUAUAUUGAGCGAGCCAUCCCUUUUCCUCAAUUUCAAACUCGUCUCCACAACCAAAAGUGAAACACCUCCCUUAUUUUUAUCAUUAUCCUUUUUUCGUUUUUAUUAAAUGCUCUUUUUUCUUCUCAAGAACUCUCUUUUUUUCCAUAUCUUUUCUAAUUACAACAUAUUAUGUACCUAAAUUUUGUCCUCCUAGCUCGAUUAGGCAGGUUAUAGUUAAGGAUUAA